AUGCAGGGAUUAGUGGUUCUUUUAGUUUGCCUGGCUGUGGGUUCGACCUCGGCCGGCACCGUUGGCGUUUCCAAUGCCGAUCCCUUCGAGCGUGAGGGUCGCAUUGUGGGCGGCGAGGAUACCACAAUCCGAGCUCAUCCUUACCAGGUUUCCCUGCAGACCAAGAGUGGCUCCCACUUCUGCGGCGGCAGUAUUAUCAACGGGGAUACCAUCCUAACCGCUGCCCAUUGUCUGCAAGGAAAGAAGGCUGCCAAGGUGUUUGUGCGUCUGGGUUCCACGCUCUACAACGAAGGUGGAGUACUUGUGGCCGUAAGGGCUCUACUCUCCAAUGAGAACUACAACUCCAAGACCUUGGAGAACGAUGUGGGUAUACUGAAGUUGGCGGAAAAGGUGGAGGAAACCGAGGACAUUCGCUACGUCGAACUGGCCAAGGAAACUCCGGCAACGGGAACGUAUGCUGUGGUCACCGGCUGGGGUUCCAAGUGCUACUUCUGGUGCAUGACCCUGCCAAAGACCCUCCAGGAGGUCUAUGUCUACAUUGUGGACUGGAAGGCCUGCCGGUCCGAGGAGUACAAGUACGGCGAGAUCAUCUACGAGAGCAUGGUGUGUGGCUAUGAGAAGAAGAAGGACGCCUGCCAAGGGGACUCCGGUGGUCCUCUGGUCAUCGGGAAUACUCAGGUGGGCAUUGUGUCCUGGGGCUACGCCUGCGCCUCCGAGGGACUACCUGGUGUCUACUCUGACGUGGCAUAUUUGCGCCAGUGGAUCCUAGAUGCAGUCGAUUCUUUGUAGAUAUUUUUAAUAAAUUACACGACAGUUUA